AAAAAAAAUAAAUAAAAGUGGAUAGUGUCCUGCAAACCCGCUGGUUGCCGUCAUAUUAUUUUAUCAACUUUCGACGACUUAAAAUUCACUCUGGACCGAUUUAAUGGACAAAUAAGGGGUACCAGUGCACGCCUUGAUACCACAGGAAUGGAUAUCACAAGUCGCUGCACCUUGGGUGACCCCAACAAACUCCCAGAGGGAGUGCCCCAGCCUGCCAGGAUGCCCUACAUCUCGGACAAGCACCCUCGGCAGACGCUGGAGGUCAUCAACCUGCUCCGCAAGCAUCGAGAGCUGUGCGAUGUGGUUUUGGUGGUGGGAGCUAAGAAGAUUUAUGCCCACCGAGUGAUCCUGUCUGCCUGCAGCCCUUAUUUCAGAGCCAUGUUCACUGGAGAAUUGGCCGAAAGCAGGCAGACGGAAGUCGUCAUCCGGGAUAUUGAUGAGCGCGCCAUGGAGUUGCUCAUUGACUUUGCGUACACAUCACAGGUGACUGUGGAGGAAGGAAAUGUGCAGACUUUGCUGCCUGCUGCCUGCCUGUUGCAGCUGGCAGAGAUUCAGGAGGCCUGCUGUGAAUUCCUGAAGCGGCAGCUGGACCCCUCCAACUGUCUGGGCAUCAGGGCCUUCGCCGACACUCACUCCUGCAGAGAGCUGCUGCGCAUAGCUGAUAAAUUCACUCAGCAUAACUUUCAGGAGGUGAUGGAGAGUGAAGAGUUCAUGCUACUGCCAGCCAACCAGCUGAUCGACAUCAUCUCUAGUGAUGAGCUCAAUGUUCGGAGUGAGGAGCAGGUGUUUAAUUCUGUAAUGGCCUGGGUUAAAUACAGCAUUCAGGAACGCAGGCCUCAGCUGCCACAGGUUUUGCAGCAUGUGCGUCUUCCCCUUUUAAGCCCGAAGUUCCUGGUAGGGACGGUGGGUUCAGAUCCUUUGAUCAAGAGUGAUGAGGAGUGCAGGGACUUGGUGGAUGAAGCCAAGAACUAUCUCCUGCUACCCCAAGAGCGCCCUCUCAUGCAAGGACCUCGAACCCGUCCCAGAAAACCCAUUCGUUGUGGAGAAGUGCUAUUUGCUGUGGGAGGUUGGUGUAGUGGCGAUGCCAUCUCCAGCGUUGAGCGUUACGACCCCCAGACCAAUGAGUGGAGGAUGGUGGCGUCCAUGAGCAAACGGCGGUGUGGAGUUGGUGUUAGUGUUCUGGAUGACCUGUUGUAUGCUGUUGGUGGACAUGACGGCUCGUCUUAUCUUAAUAGUGUGGAGAGGUAUGAUCCUAAGACUAACCAAUGGAGCAGUGACGUGGCUCCUACUAGCACCUGCCGGACCAGUGUUGGUGUUGCUGUACUAGGGGGUUACCUGUAUGCGGUGGGAGGUCAGGAUGGUGUCUCCUGUCUCAACAUUGUAGAAAGGUAUGAUCCAAAAGAGAACAAGUGGACUCGAGUUGCCUCUAUGAGCACUAGACGGUUGGGUGUGGCUGUAGCCGUAUUAGGGGGUUUUCUUUAUGCAGUAGGAGGUUCAGAUGGCACCUCCCCUCUAAAUACAGUGGAACGGUAUAACCCUCAGGAGAACCGCUGGCAUACGGUGGCACCAAUGGGUACCCGGCGGAAACACCUGGGCUGUGCCGUGUACCAGGACAUGAUCUACUCUGUUGGCGGCAGAGACGAUACCACAGAACUGAGUAGCGCUGAGCGAUAUAAUCCCAGAACCAAUCAGUGGUCCCCGGUGGUUGCAAUGACAUCCAGAAGGAGCGGGGUUGGUUUAGCUGUAGUAAACGGCCAGUUGAUGGCAGUAGGAGGAUUUGAUGGUACCACAUACCUGAAAACUAUAGAAGUCUAUGACCCUGAUGCUAACACGUGGAGGCUCUAUGGUGGAAUGAACUAUAGGAGAUUGGGAGGUGGAGUCGGUGUAAUAAAAAUGACUCACUGUGAAUCACAUAUAUGGUAACACACUCCGCAUCCAUCCCACAGAUGCCUCACCAUAGCUUGUGCCUCAUAGAGACAUCGGGCAUCAUGCAAGAGAAAAGACUGUUUUAAGACUGAAUUCUGUCUCUGGUUACUGAGAUGGCAAAGCCAAGGAAUACCAUCUUCUGAAGCUGCUCCGAGGAGACUCACCUGUACGGACAAAGACCACCACUCAAUUUUUUUUAAAUUCGGUUUCUUUAACAUUUGAGCAUAUCCAAAGGCAACUUCUUAAUGGAUGGAGAAACAACCGCCAGGAAAAGCAUUAACCCUCACUACUAAGCUAUUUUACUUCUGUUACAAGGCCAUGUGGAGGCCAAACUAAACAUUUGUUUUCCUGGAAGGAACUAGGCCUCCGCUGGUCUGACUGCAUUGAAGAAGAACUACAGUAACCUAAAACACAUUGCUGGGGAGUGAUGUGAACGCCUCUUGUUUUAUGAGCUCAUUAAUGUUCGGUUUUUAUGAAUUGGAUGCACUGUAAUAUCUCUACCAUUUCUUUUUCUUCAAAGGGAAAGUUCGCCCAAAAUAAAAAUAAAAAAAUCAUUUACUCGCCCUCAUGUUGUUUCGGACCUGUGCCCUCUGUGGAACACAAAGAGAUGUUAGGCAGAAAGCCUCACAAUUCACUGUCAUUGCAUUGAAAAAGAUGUAAUGAAAGUGAAUGCUGACCUAGGCUAACAUUCUUCUUAAUAUAUACUUGUGUUUCACAGAAGUCACAGGUUUGGAACAUGAGGGUGAGUAAAUGACAGCAUUUUAAUAACAUUCCUCUAAUUUUCUUCUGAGUUUUUAAAUUGAGCAUUAUAUGUUCCUCUGCAUUCUUACCAGAUGUAUGCAGAUUAGUUGAUCCAAUUUUUUUUUUAUUGGUGUACUGAAAAUGCAUUCCCUAUUGCAAUCUAAUGAAGGCUGUGCAGAAAUAAGUUUUUUUUUUUUUUUUUUUUAAGCAGUCCAAAACAGGAUUGAUGUAUCAGUUUACUUUCUGUAACAGAAUGCAUCAAUGAAUCAAGUCCAUGCACUUUAAACUAAUAAGAGUUUGUUUUCUAUUAAAGUUUGUAAUUGUUUUCUAGGAAAAAAUGGUCGGAUGUAAUGUCUUAUCUAUUUUUGUUCUUUAUUGUUGUGGACCCAUGGCAAAUUUUCUUUAGUUUUUCUUAAUCUGAAAUGUGUAAAAAAAAAAAAAAAAAAAUCGCAGUGGCCCGCACGUAUGGUCAGAAACAAAAUGUUGAGCUUGUUAUUGAAUAUAACAUGAAACUGCCCUAAUUGUCAAUUGAACACCAUUAUUUUCUCACAGGAAAGUUGUGUUCUAACCUCAUGUUGAUAUAUUGUUCCAUAUAUCUUUCAUGAUCUUAUUUAAUUUUAAAGAUGUUCAUCAACUGUCAUUUCAAAAUUUUGAAAAUGAAAAACAGGAAAGAUAAUCCAAAGGUUUGU